AUGGCUGAAAACGGGUUUGAAAAUUUCAAGUUCUAUUACUAUAAUCCUUCAAUUCCAGGUGGUAUUAUAUUCACAGUAUUGUUUGGUUUAUUAUUCUUUUUACAAUUUGGUUCAACAUUAUAUUCAUUCAUAACAAUCUUUAAGAAAAGACCUUUAGGUUAUGGACGUAAACUUGAGGAACGUUCCAAUUCAACAAAUCAAAUUGAAAGACAAGCAAAAUCAAAAUUCAAAUAUGGUGGUACAAGUAUAAUUUAUAUCCUUUUACCUUUCUUCAUUGGUCUUGCUUGUGAAUUUGUUGCUCAUAUUGCUAGAGCUGCAAGUCAUAACAAUAUUGAAAGUAGAAACUUAUACAUCAUUCAAACUUUAUUGAUGUUAAUUGCUCCACCAUUAUUUUCUGCAACUUUAUAUAUGACAUUUGGUAGAUUAGUUACAUAUGUCUUGAAGAAUGAAAAAUACUUAUUAUUAUAUCCAAAAUAUAUUACAAAGAUUUGUGUUGCUGGUGAUGUUUUUUCAUUGUUAUUACAAGCUGGUGGUGGUGGUAUGUUAGCUACUGUGGAAACAGUACCAUCAAAUUAUCAAUUAGGUCAGAAUAUUAUCCUUGGUGGAUUAGGUGUUCAAAUUUUAUUCUUUGGAUUCUUUGUCGUUGUUGAAGUCACUUAUUUCAUAAGAUUAUCUAGAAAUUUACAAUUAACAUCAUAUAAUUCAACAGUCCUCAAUGGGAAUUUGAAAAGGUUUCCAAAUAAAUUGCAAACUUGGAGAACAAUCUUGUUGAGUUUAUUCAUUUGUUCAAUUUUUGUACUAAUUAGAUCAGUUUUCAGAAUUGUGGAAUUCAAAGAAGAAAGAGGUGGUUAUAUUUCAUCAAAUGAAUGGUGUAUUUAUAUCUUUGAUUCAUUAAUGAUGUUAUUAAAUGGGAUUUUAUUCGUUAGUCAAGAUAUUUCAAGUUAUUUCUUAAAAGCUAUUCCUAUAACAUGGCAAGAUCAAGAUUCUUUAGUUACUGAAGAUACUUCUGUAAAGGAAUUGGAUGAAUUGAAUCAAUAG